AAAUUAGUAUGUCAUCCAGCAAUACAGCACCGCGUGUAUUUUCUUUCUCUCGCUCUCAAAGGGAGGACGUGCGUAUUGCAUUGACCUGUGAGAGGAUUUAUUUCAAUAAGAUACAAAUAUGUCUGAUGUUGAAGGAGAUGUACCAGGUUCGGCAGCAGGGCCAAUGGAUGUUAACACUGCUCUGCAGGAAGUUUUGAAAAUGGCUCUUAUGCAUGAUGGUCUGGCUAGAGGUCUUCAUGAAGCUGCAAAAGCAUUAGAUAAGAGACAGGCUCAUCUCUGUGUAUUAGCCACAAAUUGUGAUGAACCAAUGUACGUCAAACUUGUUGAGGCUCUCUGUGCAGAACAUCAAAUUAAUCUCAUUAAGGUUGAUAGCAACAAGAAACUUGGUGAGUGGGCCGGUCUGUGUAAAAUUGACAAGGAAGGAAAAGCAAGAAAAGUUGUGGGCUGUAGCUGUGUUGUUGUAAAGGAUUACGGAAAAGAGACACAAGCUCACGAUGUACUCAGUGAAUACUUCAAAUCCAAGAGAGGCUGAUGUGGACCAUUUGUAAAUGAAAAGGAUAGGAAAUAAAUUACUCCUACAGUGAA